AAGUGGUCUUCGUUGCCUCUUCGGGCUGUUUAAAAAACUUUUCUCUGAGUUCAGUUUGUCACAGAACGUCGAACGAAGCACAAGUACUCGUUGGUUUCAAAAUACUGAAAUAAAACGAAACAUUAUCAGAAAAUAUAAGCCAAAUACAGUUCUCUUUGUUUUCAGAACGACAUGGAGAAGACAACGCGGCCGAAGAGAAACCGACGGCACAGCAGACGCGCCUGGCCACCGGAGGACGAGCUGCAGCCACCAACGCGAGCCAUCAAACGCUUGUUUACGCCCGACAUCAAGAGGAUGCUUAAGGAUUGGCUGAUCCGUCGCCGGGAGAAUCCGUAUCCCAGCAGGGAGGAGAAGAAGCUGCUUGCUGCUGAGACUGGACUGACUUACACCCAGAUCUGCAAUUGGUUCGCGAACUGGCGCAGAAAGCUGAAGAACUCAGAGCGAGAGAAGGCGAAGAAGUCCUGGGGUCAUUUGAUCAAGAACUACAACCAUAAUGCGAGGGGAAACGUUGAGCAGUUCAGCAUCUCGUCGGAGGAUAGUAUUUGGGAGGAGGAGAUGCGCUCGUGUCCUGCAGAGGAUGACGAAGGCGAUGAGGAUGAUGAGUUUUCCAGCCACAGCACCGCCAGCGAUGGCAAUGCCAAUAAUGACUCCACAACCCCGUACCAGCCGAAUUUCUAUGUGGAAUCUGCGGACUUGCCCGAUCGGAUACAAAUGUUGCCCACUGUGCAGAUUAGCAGGACCAAGUACAAGCACCAGAUGAUGGAGAAGUAUCUACGGGAUACUUCCACGGCCGAUGAAGUCAUUCAACCGGCUGCUCAACUCAACAAGUGGCUGGAAAGUGCUGCUAAAUUCACGCCGGACAGAAAUAACUAUCACAUUGAGUGGAAUACGAGCAGGCAGAAAAGCAGCAGUUGCGGCCAAUCCCAUAGCCAAGUGAUCUUCUCGACCGAUGCCACGGCGGUGGCUCUCGGUGAUCGCUGGAUCCUCCAUCACAGGGACGAACUGGACGCCGCGGAGGCCUUGGCUAACCUCGCCUUUAACUGUAGGCAGCGCUGGCAACACUCCACGAUCAGCUCCUAGGAAGCCGAAGCCGGACCACCGAAGACUCCAUGGUGGACAACUGACGCCAUCAUUCCAGCAGAAGUUUAAGGGCCCGUUGGCUUCUUUUGGUUUUCAUUUUUUAACUUAUUUUUUAAUACUUAAAUUAAGAAACUUUUGAAUAAAUUUUAGAUAGCACUUUUAAAUCGGUCAAACAUA